CUUGGUUUGCUUUUUGUUUGGAGUGGGAAUUGUCAACUGCCUGUGAGGUUGGCGGAGACGUGGUUCCGCUUGCCUGCCCUUCCACACACCGCAGCCCCCGUUCUUUCUUUUCCUCCUCCACGUCACCGUUGGCCGGUCGACACAGGCAUUUCGAGGGGCUCCCGCCAUGCACCCUCAUUCUUCCUCGUCAAUGGCUGACCCGCCAGAUCCGUUCGGUUCAUCCGCAGCCUACCCGCGCAGAUAUAUUUACAGCGACAACGACUCAGACAACAUCGAACCCUACGAGCGCAGGGAUACAUAUGCUUCCGACAGCAGCCACAACGGACUGAACGAUGACAGGUACUAUGACAAUAAUGGUGCCUAUGAUCUCUAUGGACCUCAAGACACCGAUUCAGAUGUCGAUGUCUAUGGAGCGCGGUACGCUCAGUCUGUUGAAUCACUCGGCCCAUCGAGGUUGGUGCCGUCGGAUGGUGCAGCCUACGCCGACUACACAGCUCCUCCCGCAGCAAGAGAAGCCUACCCAGCUUGGUCCUCGGAACGCCACAUUCCUCUUUCAAAGGAGGAAAUCGAAGACAUUUUUUUGGACCUGGCGCAGAAAUUCGGGUUCCAAAGGGACUCGAUGCGAAACAUGUUUGAUUUUUUAAUGCAUUUGCUCGAUAGUCGUGCGUCACGCAUGUCACCGAACCAGGCCCUGCUUACUUUGCAUGCGGACUACAUCGGUGGCGAACACGCAAAUUACCGAAAAUGGUAUUUCGCCGCCCAGUUGGAUCUCGAUGACGCAGUUGGCCACGUCCAGAACCCCGGCCUGCAGCGGCUCAAGUCCACGAAACGCAAAGGUCCUCGAAAUGCAAAUGAAAAGUCGCUGCAAACGGCCAUGGAACGCUGGCGACAGGCAAUGAACAGCAUGAGCCAGUAUGACCGUCUGCGUCAGAUCGCAUUGUACCUUCUCUUAUGGGGUGAAGCCGCACAAAUUCGUUUCGUUCCUGAAUGUUUGUGUUUCAUCUUCAAAUGUGCCGACGACUAUUAUCGUUCGCCAGAAUGUCAAAGCCGAGUGGAUCCAGUACCGGAAGGGUUGUACCUGAGGACUGUCACCAAACCCCUCUACCGUUUCAUCCGUGAUCAAGGCUACGAAGUUGUUGAUGGUCGGUUCGUUCGGAGGGAACGUGACCACGCAGACAUCAUUGGUUAUGAUGAUGUUAACCAACUGUUUUGGUAUCCGGAGGGGAUUUCCAGGAUUGUGCUCGUAGACAAGACGAAGCUCAUCGACUUGCCUCCAUCGCAUCGCUACACAAGAUUCGAACGCAUUGACUGGAAUCGAGUGUUUUUCAAGACUUAUUACGAGAAACGAUCGUUUGGCCAUUUAUUGGUCAACUUUAAUCGGAUAUGGGUCAUUCACGUAUCUCUAUACUGGUACUAUACCGCAUACAACUCCCCGAGGAUUUAUCAGAUUGUCGGGUCCGAUAAUACGGCGGUCGUUCCCCAAUCACUUUCGUGGUCCGUUACUGCCCUGGGUGGCGCGACGGCAACGAUCAUCAUGAUCGCCGCUACACUUACAGAAUUCUCGUAUAUCCCGCUCACUUGGAACAACGCAUCUCAUCUUACGCGUCGUCUGGUGUUUCUGCUCAUCACACUUGCUCUGACGGCUGGUCCUACGUUUUAUGUGGCAAUUGCAGAAUAUAGCAGCGGUGGCAAUGCUGGCUCUCUCGCACUCAUCCUCGGCAUCGUUCAAUUUUUCAUUUCCGUCGUUGCGACUCUCCUAUUCGCUAUCAUGCCAUCCGGUCGCAUGUUCGGUGACCGAGUUGCGGGCAAGUCCCGAAAAUAUCUUGCCAGUCAGACAUUUACGGCAUCAUACCCUAGCUUGCAUUUAGAGGCAAGGAUGGCUUCCAUUGCCCUCUGGCUCUUGGUUUUCGGUUGCAAGGCCACGGAGUCUUAUUUCUUCCUUACGCUUUCGUUCCGAGAUCCCAUAUCCGUCAUGGUAGGCAUGAAGAUCCAAGGAUGCAAUGACAAGUUCUUCGGGAUGGGACUUUGCUCGAAUCAAGCAGCAUUCACGUUGACUAUCAUGUACAUCAUGGAUCUGGUGCUCUUCUUCUUGGAUACUUUCCUUUGGUACAUCAUUUGGAAUUCCGUCUUUAGUAUCGCUCGAUCAUUCAUGCUGGGUCUUUCCAUCUGGACACCAUGGAAGGAUAUCUACACCCGGCUGCCGAAGCGUAUAUUCUCCAAGCUCCUUGCCACACGGGAGAUGGAGGUCAAGUACAAGCCGAAGGUUUUGGUUUCUCAAAUUUGGAAUGCCAUCAUCAUUUCCAUGUAUCGUGAACACCUGUUGUCUAUCGAGCAUGUUCAGAAAUUGCUGUACCACCAAGUCGAUUCUGGUCAAGAGGGCAAACGUAGUCUCAGGGCCCCUCCCUUUUUCAUCUCCCAGGCUGAAAAAGGGUUCAAGGGCGAGUUCUUCCCUCCUGAGAGUGAAGCGGGCCGUCGGAUCUCGUUCUUUGCCCAGUCCCUCACGACGUCUGUUCCUGAACCGCUCCCGGUCGAUGCAAUGCCGACGUUCACAGUUCUCACACCUCACUACAGCGAAAAGAUCCUUUUAUCACUGAGGGAGAUUAUCCGAGAAGAAGACCAGAACAUCCGCGUCACCCUCCUCGAGUACCUCAAGCAGCUUCAUCCUGUCGAGUGGGACAACUUCGUCAAGGACACGAAGAUCCUUGCUGAAGAGUCCGCGAUAGAAAAUGGUCAUAGUCCUUUCGGCACGGAGGAGAAGGGACAGUCGAAGGCGGAUGAUCUUCCACUGUACUGUGUCGGAUUCAAGAGCGGUGCUCCGGAAUAUACUCUACGCACACGUAUCUGGGCUUCAUUACGUGCUCAAACACUAUAUCGCACGGUAUCCGGCAUGAUGAAUUAUGCGAAAGCCAUCAAACUUCUCUAUCGAGUGGAGAAUCCGGAGGUUGUGCAGCUGUUUGGCGGCAACACUGACAGGCUAGAGCGCGAACUGGAACGUAUGUCCAGGCGGAAAUUCAAGUUUGUUGUCUCGAUGCAGCGCUACUCGAAGUUCAACAAGGAGGAGCAUGAGAAUGCCGAGUUCCUGCUCCGUGCAUAUCCUGACCUUCAAAUCGCUUAUCUGGAAGAAGAACCUCCACGGAAGGAAGGCGCGGACCCCCGACUGUUCUCGGUUCUCAUCGAUGGCCAUUCCGAGUUUAUUCCGGAGACCGGCCGUCGCAAGCCGAAGUUCCGUAUUGAACUGCCCGGGAACCCCAUUCUUGGUGACGGAAAAUCGGAUAAUCAGAACCAUGCCAUUAUCUUCUACCGGGGCGAAUAUCUCCAACUUAUCGAUGCCAACCAGGACAAUUACUUGGAAGAGUGUCUCAAGAUCCGCAACGUGCUUGGGGAGUUUGAGGAAUAUUCUGUAUCGGCCCAGAGCCCAUAUGCGGAUUAUGGUCACAAGGAGUUUAAGAAGCCCCCAGUUGCCAUCGUCGGCGCUCGUGAAUACAUCUUCUCGGAGAGUAUCGGUAUUCUUGGUGAUAUUGCUGCUGGCAAGGAACAGACGUUUGGUACGCUGUCUGCCCGUGCUUGGGCUUGGAUUGGAGGAAAGCUUCACUAUGGUCAUCCCGACUUCCUCAAUGGCGUCUACAUGAACACUCGUGGUGGCGUUUCGAAGGCUCAGAAAGGACUUCAUCUAAACGAGGAUAUCUACGCUGGAAUGAACGCUUUCGGGCGUGGCGGCCGCAUCAAGCACACCGAGUACUAUCAGUGCGGGAAGGGUCGUGACCUUGGGUUCGGCACCAUCCUGAACUUCCAGACGAAGAUCGGUACGGGAAUGGGGGAGCAAAUGCUUAGUAGAGAAUAUUACUACCUGGGUACACAGCUUCCUAUCGACCGGUUCUUGACGUUCUACUACGGGCAUCCUGGUUUCCACAUCAACAACAUGCUGAUCAUUCUCGCGGUUCAGUGUUUCAUUAUCACGAUGGUGUUCUUGGCUACCUUGAACUCUUCCCUCAAGAUCUGCGAGUACUCCUCAAAUGGGAGCUUGUUGCCAAACAUGAAUGGCUGUUACAAUCUCACUCCUGUCUUCGACUGGAUUCAGCGCUGCAUCAUCAGUAUAUUCCUGGUCUGGAUGAUUGCCUUCCUACCUCUCUUCAUUCAAGAACUUGUGGAGCGCGGUACGAUGAGAGCAAUCAUCCGACUUGGAAAGCAGUUCCUGUCAUUUUCUCCGGUCUUCGAAGUAUUCUCGACGCAGAUUUAUACCCAUUCCAUUAUCAGUAAUCUGACAUUUGGAGGAGCAAGGUACAUCGCUACUGGACGAGGCUUUGCAACGGCCCGAAUUUCCUUCAGCGUCCUGUUUUCUCGCUUUGCCGGUCCUAGUAUAUACUUCGGUAUGAGGACGCUGAUCAGCCUUCUUUAUGUCACGAUGGCAAUGUGGACACCAUACCUCAUUUACUUCUGGAUCUCUAUCUUGGCCCUCUGUAUCGCUCCCUUCUUGUUCAACCCGCAUCAAUUCUCUUUCUCUGACUUCAUGAUCGACUAUCGUGAAUUUUUGCGGUGGAUGUCUCGAGGAAACUCGCGGUCGCACAAUAACUCUUGGAUCGGCUACUGUCGCCUGUCCCGAACGAUGAUCACCGGGUACAAGAGGAAGAAGCUUGGUGUACCAUCUGAGAAGUUGUCCGCUGACGUUCCGCGGGCUGGUUGGCGCGCGGUGAUUGUGUCAGAGGUUAUCUUCCCGAUCGUGAUGGCGCUCUUGUUUAUCAUUGCGUACAUGUUUGUGAAAUCAUUUCCCGACUCUACCGGCAAGUUCCCGCCGAGUCCGCUCAUUCGUAUUGCCUUUGUUGCACUUGGGCCGAUCGUUUGGAACGCAGCGAUUCUUCUUGUGAUCUUCAUCAUUUCGCUCUUCCUCGGGCCAAUGUUGGAUCCUUCAUACCCCAAGUUUGGGUCGGUUAUGGCGUCAGUUGCUCAUAUCCUCGGAGUGGUUGGAAUGCUUGGAUUCUUCGAGUUCCUGUGGUUCCUCGAGUCUUGGAAUGCGUCCCAUGCUGUCCUCGGCCUUAUCACUGUCAUCGCGAUCCAGCGUGCCGUUUACAAGAUCUUGAUCGCUGUCUGUCUCUCCCGCGAGUUCAAGCACGAUGAGACCAACCGUGCAUGGUGGACGGGUAGAUGGUAUGGUCGUGGUCUUGGAGCCCAUGCAAUGUCCCAACCUGCGCGCGAGUUCAUCGUCAAAAUUAUCGAGUUGUCACUUUGGAGCUCCGAUCUUCUUCUGGGCCACUUCUUGCUCUUUAUGUUAACUCCUCCCAUCUUAUUCCAUUUGUGGAUCGUGUUCAUGCUACGCUCCUCUUCUGGCUCCGUCCGUCGAAACAAAUUCGCCCUCCUUUGUAUUCAACUAAACAGAAAAAGCAACGUCGUUGGAUAAUCAUCAAAUACGGUAUCGUUUACGUGAUCGCUCUCAUAAUCUUCACCGCCCUCAUCGUGCUUCGUAAGUGCUAGUGAUGUUGUCUGGAACAUAUCCUGAUGAAGCGGAGCAGCGGUGGCCUUGCAGUCCAGCGUUCAGUUUAACUGUUCGUUGUGUCAAAUUUUGUAAUCGUACAAUUUACCACUCGUUCUUGUGCGUCACCUUAGAUCACGUUCAUAUAACGACUGCAUGUACUUCCUCUUCAUCACUUCUUUUGUUAUCAUUGCUUCCGCUUGAUGCUCCCGGACUCUCACGCAAGGACGCUCCCUAUUUGCCUCCUGGCCAUUUUUUCUAUACCGGUAUGCAAGGACACGUCUCUUGGUGUAAUGUACCCAUAUACCAGCCUCAUGAAAGCUCCCAGAGCCGGAAUCUAGGGUACAUAUGACUUUCCGU